AUGCAUCUACAUACACAGGUGCGUCGUCGACCACCAAGGCGUACGAUUCGGUGGACCGAGACCUACUGUGGGACGUGCUCCGAUGCUUCGGCGUGCUCCCGAAGAUGCUGGCGGUCAUUUUCGCCAUUUUCACGAGGGCGCACGGACGACGGGCAGUGCAUCGACGUGGGCCAAGGCCUCCGACAGGAAUGCAACCUGGCCCCGCUGCUGUUCAACUUGUUCUUUGCCGCGAUGCUCAUGGCCGCAGUGGCCGAGUUCGACAAGGACCCCAAGGUGACGGCGGAUAUGGUCAAGAUCGGGACACAGGUGGAGUAAGCGGGCAAGAAUGGCAGGUCGGCGAGGAACAAAACGACGGUGGUGACGGACGCGGAAGCCCUGUGGGCCAUGCUCUACUUCAACUUCCUUGAGAUUUAUGCCCGCGACGAGCGAGUGAUUUUGCUUGUAUUGCGACGGAAAUGUGACGAAUCGACCAAUGAGGAAGGUACAGGUGUUUUUGCGGCGGAAUUAAUUGGUGCCGUUUGGGUAUUCAGCUGCGGCGCUCGACAUCUCGACAAGCUCCCACCACGAAGAACCAAGAGAGUUGCAGGAAAGGGCCAGCCCAGAAAAGAAGACAAAAAUGAUGUAUGUGUUCUCGAAGAGGUACCAUGGUACAUCUCGAGAGGUGCAGCACGAUAGCCCCGAUUCCUCAUUCCCAAAUCCCACCUUGAGUUUACACCGCAGGCACAACACCCCCGCUUUGAGCUACAAGCAAACGCCGACACAUAGAGAAUUCCGCCUGGAGCUGUGCAAGUGAAACGGCCCCGUUCACAGCAACCGCCACCUGCCUGAUAUGGAGCAACUGAGCAACAUCUGUUUCCGCGAGGAUGAAGACGACUACGUCUACGUGUUCACAGAGGCCACAUUGGCAAGGGGUGGGAUGCGAGGAUACGCGGGCACAGACGAGGAAAAAACACAUCACACAGCAACUGGAGCAAGAAACCGCCUGUUUUCGGAGGCAAUGAAGGUGGCCAUCGGCCAUGUCUUUGUCCACAAAAAAAGGCUCUACCCGUCCUUCAGCCACCUGCAGAUGGUAUCUUCGGAUUUGAGGGAAGCAUUCCAGAGUACGACGGCCAUGAAAACCCAUGUAUCGGCAGGCGUGCAGUUCUCUGGUCGUGGAAGUUUGUCCCCAUGGGACGCUUGACAGUAUGUGGUGAUCACCGAAAGAAGAACCUGAAAUAGGGGUGAAGUCUAUUAUGCGCCAUUUUCCCGUGGCAUGCAGUAUCAUGAGUAUGUUGUUGAAACAUUGUACGCCUACGUAUUUUUUGUUCAAUAAAGUUUUUGGUAAGUUCUUUCGUUAGUAUACGUUUUCAAGUAAGUGUUGCGCGCCGGAGUCAGUUCACCGGAGCUUGUGGAAUAGGAAUGCGACGAUGGCAACUCAAGGAUACCAAUGACAAACACGGUUGUGUUUCUUCCCUCGUGUACGUUGCAAAGGGAGGGUGUUUCCCGUGCGGCGUUCCUAUUUUUCUGCGAAUUGUUGGUGUCCACUUUAUGAACAGACCCUCGCGUUCCAUAUUGAUGUUUCGGAUAGAGCGGGUCGCCCACAUUGAUUUUGUUUUUAUAGCGCGAGUCGCAGCAUGCACGGCCUGUUGGUGCAAGAUACAAUUAGCGCCCGCGCUUAAGAAAUCCUGCUUUUUUGGCAGAGAGUGGGGUCCUUAGCCCCUGGGCUUAUUCUUCGAAUGACAGAUAAUUUAUAAAGAAGUAGGUGUGAGUGUAAGGGUUCUUAAUUAACCGGGCUCACAAAUGGUGUUCAGGUUAUUCGAUUCUGAGUUUUUUUAGACUCAAUUUUUUGACGGUCGAAUUCUUAAGUGCAGGCGCCAACUAACUGUACUUGGUUCGUUCGUUAAGAAAGUACAGACCGCUUCCGAUCAUACGACUUGGCGGCCACCUUAUAUUGAGUCGAGCACAAUUUGAGACGUUUUGGAGAUCCUGCACUGGAGCUGUGUUUUAUGUCAAAGCAUGUGCGGUGUAGGUAGGGAUGGGACGGAAAAUGCCGAGGUUUACAUUGGAAUGCCUGAUAGGAUGGACCAAUCCCCUGCGCGUUGUAUACACCGCUCGGUGGUGGUGCUGUGCGACGUUGAAGUUGGUGCUACCGGCGGCCGGCGUGCGUGUGCUCGUUCGGUUUCAGGAUAGAAUAAGGGUUUGGUUAUGUAUGUGGCCAUCCUCCUGUUCAUCCCUACUGCUGUUGAUUUUUGCUAUCGGUGGUGAGGAGCGUUUACGUGCGGGUUCGAUGGAAAGUCGAAUGGGGUUCAAACAUCUGAUUUUGCCCUUCCUAGAUUACUGUCGAGAAAACGGGCGAACAAACGUUUGACACGGUAUGCGAGAAAAUCGCAAC